AUGGCAUGGGUAUACAGGUGGGUUAAGGAAACGUCAAAGAGGUAUCUAGAUCCUUAUAUGAUCCACCCUCUCCCACUGGCCGACCAGAUUCUUAUAUGGCAACCAAUUUUCUCAAAGCACGUUAGCGAUGGUAUCGCAAGUCUUGAGGCUCAUGAAUCCCUCAGUGAGGAUGAAAAGAAGAAAAUUCGGAAACCUAUAAAGUAUAUUCUCUGCAGAGCCAUCUUCCUCACCUUUUGGAGGAGACUACUCACUGCUCUGCUGGGAAUUGUUGUUAUGAAUGCAGUUGGCAUGAGUAUUGCCAUCUUUCUUCACAAGUUGCUUGGCCUAUUGUCCGACAGAGACUUUAGGUUCAUGGCAUUUUUAGGACUAGCCCUGUCCAUCAUUCUCAUGGAGUUGUUCAAGGAAAUUUGCAUGGACCACAUCAACUACUACGUGCAAAGAAUUGAAAUAAUAAUGGAUGCCUGUCUCCGUAUUGGAGUGUUUCAACAUGGAUUAUGCUACAGAAGAAGUCAAUUUGGGCAUCUCUCUAACAAUCCUGACUCUUGCAAGAGUGUCAUUCAUAAUUGCUCUGGAGAGGAUGUAUGCGCGGAUAAUCCAUUGCUGUGCCCAGCGAGGCGUUAUAAAAAUAAUGAGGUCACACCAAAGAUUUAUCCUCUAGUGCUAAACGAUCCGUACUUCAUGCCACCGUUUGUGGAGUGUAUGACGGGCCUCAUUGAUUUCUUGACAGCACUAAUUUACGGUAUGAUUUUAAUGAGUAGCCAAUUCAACAUGGGAGCAGUGACCAUUCUCUCAAUCUCUUUUUCCUUUGUUGUAUGCAUGGUUGUUGUGGAGAUUACAAAUGGUUUCCUCAUGAGGUACUACUUGGGUAUCAGGGAUCACAAAAUUGCAAGGGCCAAUGAGGUCAUUGUCUCUUCAUUGAAGCUGGUUGAGACAAUGUCACUGGAUGACAUCGGUCAUAAUAUGAUAACUGAGACUAGAAAUGACGAGCUAGUGUUGGUACUCAUCCGUUUCUUUUUGUCGCUCGUCAACAAGGUUUUCAUGACGUCUAUCAUGUGUGUGAACAUUAUCAUCUUGGUCACUGACUUUGUCGGACAAGUUAGAGAAGUUACUGACCUUAGGGGUGUGAAUCCUUCUGGACUCUUGGCAUCCAUCUUUGUUAUUAUGAAGAUCAUUGGUCCCUUGUAUUUGGUGCCUGUGAAAUUGAGAUUGUUAACAUGUUCUUUAAAUUCGUUUUUGAGGGUAAACCGUUUCUUGAGAACCUGCUCACCAAACUUUUACCUUUCGGAUAACAAGUUUACUGGGGAUACUCCCUUGCCAGAGGCACUACCUGAUAAGAACAAGACGUUACCAAAGGGUCUGGUGGUAAUGUUCAAGAAUGCCUCUUUUGCAUGGGUCAACAGUAGGAAGGAUCUUCUUGACAAUACUGGUACUACUUGUCUUAGGAACCUUGACUUUGUCCUCAAUACUGGUGACCUUGCCAUCAUUACUGGUGCUCAGGGUUCUGGUAAGAGUAACUUUAUCAAGGCAAUUCUUGGUGACAUGACUCUUGUUGAAGGAUCAAUGGCUGCACUGCCUCUCUCUACCAACAUGCCAAUAUUCUAUGCUUCUCAAAAAGUGUGGCUACAAAAGGGUACCAUUAAGUCUAACAUUACCUUUGGUCACAGAUUUGAUGAGAAGCUCUACAAGACAGUCAUCAAGACAGUUGAACUUGAACAUGACAUAUCGACUUGGGAAGGAGGUGAUAUGCGUAAGAUCUCUGAACAUGGCUACUCCCUCAGUGGAGGUCAGAGAGUCAGAGUUGGACUUGCUCGUGCCAUCUACGCUUACCUCAUAUUCAACAAGGCCAAUAGAGAGAGUGAAUCUGAACAUUCCUUCCUUGUAGUCCUUGAUGACUGUUUCACUAGCUUGGAUCCAUUCGUGGCGAGGACCAUCUUUAGGAAUCUCUUUAAUAUUAAUUAUGGACUAUUGGUAAAAGAUGAUGUUGCCACAGUUCUAACCAUCUCAAGGCGUAUUUUGGAAGCUUGUGUAUCAUCCGAGUCAUCGGAGUCAUUCCCAGAUGCUCCAAUAUACACAUUGAGGAAUAAAACUCUUGUGCAUGAAAACAUGCUAAGGUCAUUUACGGAUAAUAAAAUUGGGGAUCUAGAAGUUGCAAAAAUCUCUGACUAUAGAGUUGAGCUUAAGACUAUGUCAAACUAUAUCCGUAGGAAUUGUUUAUCUGAUGAUUAUUCCCGUAGUAAACGUAGAGAGAUUGUUGAAUCAAAAUAUACUGAAUCACCAACAGCCCAGGCUUUGCAUAAUUGUAAUAAUGUGUUAUCUGUAAAAGAUAGUUUAAGGUCCUAUAAGGUUUACUUCCGUGCAGCUGGUUUACCCAUUAUAUUAUUCUUUGUCUUAACUAUCAUUUUUGCAACAUUGGAUAAUACAAAAUUUAUCAUCACCUCAAAGGUUUCAGAUUCAGUCCUUGAUUAUGCGAAUGAGCAUAAUCAUACAUCAGUUUCACUUGAGGAUGUUAAGGAGUACUGCUACAGAUCUUUGAGGUGGAUCAUCAUUCUCUCAGUCUCAGUCAUGGUUGGCACUUUCUUCCGCACCGUCGCCAUGACAAAGGCUUCGUUUAACGUCUCUAGGAGGAUCCAUGAGUAUUGUGUCGACUCUAUCUUUACCAAUAACUCUACAGCAUUGGCAAUAAAGAAGUCUUUGGGUUGUGUAAUCACAUUCUUCUACAAUGAGACGCUCUACAUUGACACUGAGAUUAGCCAUUUCGUCCACGACUCAUCAGUUUUGUCGAUUGAGACUGUGGUCCAUACGUUGACACUCUUUUUCUUUUUGCCAUGGUCUACUCCAAUUGCUGUUAUACUUUGCUUCAUCAUUCUGAGGUACUUCCUUUACUAUUUUGUCAAGUCAUGCAAGCAUUCGUAUCUUGCUUCCAUGGAAUCUUUUAGUCAAAUCAAUGCCAUAAUUGAGACGGCUAUAGUUGGAUCACCUAUAUAUCGCAGUUUUAAAAAGGAAUGGGAGUUGAUACAUAGCAUGUUUGAACAUACAGACUAUAACCUGAGGUGCGAUUACCUAACCUAUUCUGCAAUGUUUGGUACUUCUAUCGCCUUCAAGUGUCUACUCGCGCCAUUGGCCUUGUUCAUUCUCAUCUUCCCUAUCAUCCGCUCACGUUAUUUUGGCGUGGAGAUCAAGGUUGGUUAUUAUGCCAUGGCAUAUUCUGUCUUCUUGACUCUGACUGGCACAUUUUCCAAUUUCCUCAGACUUUACUGUUACCUGGAACUCUAUAUGGGAUGUAUUAGGAGGUUCGAAAAUUUUAUUCCCAAAAACACUCCGGUUAAGUUUGGCGAUAGGAGGAACAUUCACCAGACCGAUGUUAUUGUUGACCGUUCUGCAUCAACUGGAGAUGAAAGCCUAUCCGACGAGAAUAUUAAGGAUACCCUUCGUAGAAGACGUUAUAAUGAGCAUGCCAAGAGAAGAGCUGCUAGAUGUACUAGUCUCAAGAUGCUCUUCUUUAAGCACCAUGUUAAUAUACUUGACGUGUCCAAGUAUACUACUCCAGGUCAAGUCAGAGUACAGCUAAAGGAUGUUAAUGUCUACAUUACCUCCUGCAAGGAUGGAAUACAAUUCCCUAUUUUAAAGAAUAUUACCUGUUCAGCUCACACUUCUGAUAUUGUCGGUAUUGUUGGUAGAACUGGAGCAGGAAAGUCUACUAUGUUGUCAGUACUUCAAAACUUGGCUAGAAACAGGGAAGGAACUGUUCUGCUUGAUGGCUGCGAUUUAAAUGAUAUUCCAAAGAAUGUGACUAGGCAGAUUAUUGGAGUACUACCUCAACUACCAUUUGUAUUCAGAGGUUGGACAGUUCGUAGGUUCAUUGACCCUAGAAUGUUAUUUGAAGAUGCUGAUAUUGAAAUGGCUCUGGAGCACUGCGGCUUACUCAAGUUUGUCAAGAACAUUCCAGGUGGCAGGGGUCUUGAUACCAUCAUCAUACCCGAACACUAUCACAAGGAUCUACCAGAUUAUCUAAAGAGAGUGUACUAUGGACCUACUUUAAAGCCACAUGAUUCUUCUGUAGACAACGUUGACCAUGGCAUGGUGCUUUCAAACUCACAGUUACGUACACUAUCAGUGGCAAGACUAGUAUUAUACAGAGAAUUCUUCAAGGUUCUCCUGGUUGAUGAGCCUCCAGAGGAUGAGGUCGGAACAUUCAAGACGGUUGAUAUUCCAAUAUAUGAACUCAUAAAGACACACUUUCAACAUUGUACAACAUUUAUUGCAGCACACGAUGCAAGUAUCUUGCGUUUCUGCACCUCAGUCUGGGUUUUUCACAAAGGUUCUCUCAUUAGGACCUGCAAGACUGAGGAUAUCGUAGAUACUGGGUCACUCUCCAAAACUAUAGAGGACUGUAUCACUACACACGCUUAA